AUGCUAACAAGUUAUUUUAUUGCUUUAUUAUUAAUUAAUAUUAUAAGUUCGAAUCCAUUUCAACGAAAUAGAUGUGAUGUAUGCAAUCUAACCGAAGAUUUUAUUCCAUCAAAUGGUUAUCAAUGUUUUAUAACAAAUGAUUAUAAAGUAUUAUGUACUUGUCCUGAUAAUCUUCAAUCAACAAUAAAUCGUCCAUGUCGAAUUUGUGAUCGUGAAAAUAUAUGUGGUCAAUCAGAUGCAUUAUGUUCCGAAGAUCCAACUUUUUUUGGUAUUAAUAAUAAUAAUUCACAUUUUAUUUGUUUUUGUUCAUCAGGUAAAUAUGAAUUUGAUAAAAAAUGUUCGGAAGAAACAAAUCCAACAACAAAUCAAAUCAAAGAAACAACGAUUCUCUCAAUAUCAACAACAAGUUUAAUAGAAGAAACAAUAACUAAUCAAAUAACAACAAAUAUAUAUAUUGAUGAAACAACUUCAAAUUCAAUAUCAACUGAUUAUUCAAUAGAAGAAACAUCUACUCAUAUUCAAACAACAACAAAUAUUCCAAUUAUUUCAACUAAUUCUCAACAAGAGACUACAACUCAACCAGAGACUACAAUUCAACCAGAGGAUACAACUCAAUCAGAAACAAUAUGUGGAUGUCGAUCAACUAGUUCACAUCUAUUUCUUAAAAUAGAUUUUAUUAUAUUAUUAAAUCUUGUUUAUUUCUUAAAUAAAUGA